AUGUCUCAGGCCGAGUUCAAAGCAUCGGAAGACCUGGCAAUACAGCUGGACAACUUCCCCACUGCCUACCGCCCGGGCGAGACCAUCUCCGGGCGCGUGCUACGCAAGACCCAGACGGCCAGUCCACGGGCCGGACUCGACAUCGCGCUGCUUGGCCGGACCAAGGCCAGGGUCCAUCUCGUCCACGCUCGCGACCUAGACGACUACUACAACUCGCCUUUCCACUUCUUCGACCGGGACGAGACCCUGGUCAAGGUCCACGACGGGCCCCUGCACAUCCCCGGGUCCGAGCUGCAGUCGUGGCCGUUCGCCAUCACGAUACCGACGAACCUGUCCCCCAAGCCGAUCAGCGCGGCCGCCAAGAAGGAGCACAGCUACCUGCCGCUCGACCCGGCCGAGAUCGCCAAGCGGCCGCUGCCCUCCUCCUACUCGUUCAACGGCCAGCUCUUUGACGACGUCUUCAGCGGGCACGUCGAGUACUGGCUCGAGGCCCGGUUCCGGAGCGACGGCGAGGCGACCCGGCCCGCGACGGCGAGCAUGCCCGUCAUGGUCCGCGCGCGCUCCACGCCGUACCCCGUCACCGACCACAGCACGAAGCGCUGCGUCACGCGCAGCUUCGUCACGAGCCACCGCCUCGCGCCCGGCGGCGGCGCGGAGGGCUCCGGCCUGUCGCUCAAGCAGAGGGCGCAGAAGCUGAUGGGCUCUUCCAAGGUCCCUGAGCUGGUGUUCCACCUCGAGAUCGGCUGCCCGACGGUCAUCCAGCUAGAUCAUCCCAAGCCGUUCCCGUUCGAGCUGCGGGUGGUCCCCAUAUGGGACCAGACGAGCGGCGUGCUCAAAGAACUGCCUCAGAAGGUGAGGAUAAAGGGCUUGGAUCUGCAGUUGAAAGAGUCGUCUUCUGUGUUGUGCCCCGGCACACUGGCGCCGCGCGGUGGCAACGACGAGACGAUCAAGGACUUUGCCCUAGCGCGUGUGCUCAAGGAGGAGGACUUUGGCUCGUUCCUCGUCCCGUUUGGCGCAGACGCGCAGCCCUUCGACAUUGGCGAGCAGCUCCAGCUCAAGGUCGCAAGCAGCUGGGCCACAGCUCUGGGGAGGCCGCCGCCUCAAAAGUUCAUACCGGGGCUUUUCCCCAGCUUCACGACCUACAAUGUCGCGCACAGGUACCGCCUGCAAUGGUGCGUGACUUUGGUGAUCGCCGGGGAGACGGUCAAGGUCAACGGCGAGCACAACACCUCGCUCCUGGCGAGAAGCGAGGAGCAGGGAGGGCAGUCAAUGUAUGAAGUGGGAUACUUGGGCGUCCAGAAGAAGUACAAAGAAUGGAUGGGCGCCUUGGGCGCCGGAUCACUUGUUAGUGGCGGUCCGCCGCCAACUUUUGAGGCAAGCACGGGAGGGAGCAAGUCUGCUGAAACAGGACUCUGA